UUUUUACUUGUUUACCUUCUAAACAUGACCCUUUGUAUCUCCCUUUCACAGUUUCACGAGAGAGAUGAAUCUUUUGGGGGGAAAAUGGAAAUAUAAUUUGUCAAGCACAGGCUCUGCCGUGCUGUCAUCAUUAUGCGACAGCCGAGCGAGAGAGCGAAGGGCAUGUUUGAUAUUUCUCGCAAGUCGUAACCCCCAACUUGCCCUAUGUUAAUGCUUGCUCUGUACUGUCGUCAAAUAUUCUUUCAUUGCUCUGUUCUUGCUUGCCCAAAUCUUCCCUUUUCUUCUUCUGCCGCUGCUGCUGCUGCUCCCCAAGUCCUCGGUGUGAAAGCAGCAAAAGCACCGUAGACCCGCACAGCCCGGCUGCAGAAAUAAGGAGGAGAUGACGAGGCGGAUGGACGAGGAAUACGAUUACCUCUUCAAAAUUGUUCUAAUCGGGGAUUCCGGCGUCGGCAAAUCCAACCUUCUCUCCCGCUUCACUCGCAACGAGUUCUGCUUGGAAUCCAAGUCCACCAUUGGCGUCGAGUUCGCCACUCGCACUCUCCAAGUGGAGGGAAGGGUGGUGAAAGCUCAGAUAUGGGACACAGCAGGGCAGGAAAGGUACAGAGCCAUAACCAGUGCCUACUACAGGGGUGCACUUGGAGCUCUACUGGUAUACGACGUCACGAAACCAAUCACAUUUGAAAAUGUCAGCCGGUGGCUCAAGGAGUUGAGGGACCACGCCGAUGCCAACAUCGUGAUCAUGCUGAUCGGGAACAAGACGGACCUGAAGCACCUGAGAGCAGUUGCGGCCGAGGAUGCACAAGGCUACUCGGAGAAAGAAGGGCUGUCUUUCAUCGAAACGUCAGCGCUCGAGGCAGUGAAUGUCGAGAAGGCUUUCCAGACGAUACUGUCGGAGAUCUACCGCAUCAUAAGCAAGAAGUCGCUGUCAUCGGGGGAAGGGGCGGCGGCAGUUAGUGUGAAGGAAGGGCAGACGAUCGAUGUGGGUGGAGGGUCCGAAGGGAACACAAAGAAACCUUGCUGCAGUACUUCCUAGAUAGAUUUGAUGUCAUUUUGUUUCGCAGUGUUCUUGCUUUUUCCUUGAAAUUAUGUUGUUAGCAGCUCCCCCUUUGAUAUUGGGUUUCCUGAGGAUUUGAUUUCCUCUCUGUUCGUUGUUGAAACUUGAAAGUGUAAUUCUUUUGCUUGAUCCCCUGUCGAUUUUUGGGUCAAUAUAGCUUCUAUUGUUUCGUCAUUGCAUUAUUUUUGCCGAAUCCUCUUUGGACAAUCAUCCUCUAAACUCCUUCACCACUGAUCCUCUGUAGAAAUCAUUCCUAGCAAGAGAUAGAAUGGUCGACCACAAUAUCUACUAGCCAUUCCACAAUCAAAUGAUCUCUGUCAGCUCUACUAGCCAUUCCACAAUCAAAUGAUCUCUGUCAG